GGAGCCGCGCAUUGGCUCGCACUCGCGUCAAUCCCGCUGCGCAACUUCUGGAGGCUGGCGCACGUUCCCUCAAUAUUAUUUCUGGGGAGCAGGGUAAAAGUACUAAAAAAAAUAAUAAAAAAAAUAAAAAAAUAAAAUGUUGCCGAUCCACAACACCGGGACGGACUGAAUGGAGGCGACGUUGUCACCGAGCGGAGAUAAUAAAUCCACCCGCGACACACACCGAGCGGCUCGCUGACUUCUCCGUGACCCGUCCAGCCCUCGGCGUCCCCAUGCCUCCAUCUCCUCUUGACGACAGAAUUGUGGUGGCGCUGCCAAGGCCGAUCCGACCUCAGGAACUGCAACUGCGCCUGGACACCAGCUACCUGGACUCCAUCGCCACCAGCACCACCACCAGCACCACCACCAGCAACAGCGAGACGGUCAUCAGCACCACCGUGGUGAAGAUCCGGGCGACGGCCAAUCUUGUAACGUAUAUGCCCUCAUCCAAGGGCUCCACGCGCUCGUUGUCGUGUGGAUGCAGCAGUGCCAGCUGCUGCUCAGUGACUACCUAUGAGAAGGACAGCCAGAGCGUCAACCACAGCCAGGUGAGCGCCAGCAGCCCCAACCUCAGCUAUGCCGGGCCCCCCACCCUCAGCAACCACGAAGCACUGGGCGGCCCCGGUCUCGCGCCGGGCACGCCGAAGGCCCUGUCAUGCGUGAGGGUCAUCCAUCCCAAUGAGCUGGCCAAGCGGAUGACCUGCUGCCCCAUGGGACACCCCGUGGGGCCCGUGCCGGUCGUCAUCGACUGCCGGCCCUUCAUGGAGUACAACAAGAGCCACAUCCGGGGGGCCGUGCACAUCAACUGCUCCGACAAGAUCAGCCGGCGGCGGCUGCAGCAGGGCAAGCUCACCGUGCUGGACCUCAUCUCCUGCCGCGGGGGCAAGGACUCUUACAAGGGCAUCUUCUCCAAAGAGAUCGUGGUGUACGACGAGAGCACCAUGGACCCCGGCCGGCUGACCUUCUCCCAGCCACUGUACGUGGUCCUGGAGUCGCUGAGGAGGGAGGGCAAGGACCCCAUCAUCCUCAAAGGAGGCCUUAGCUGCUUCAGGCAGAGCCACGAGAACCUGUGCGAGCACUCGCUGCACCUCCACCAGGGCUUGGACACCGGCGCCGCUGCAGGCCUGACCGGGCCGCUACCUCACUCCCUGCCCUCCACGCCGGACAUAGAGAACGCAGAGCUGACGCCGAUCCUGCCCUUCCUCUAUCUGGGGAACGAGCACGACGCUCAGGACAUCCACCCGCUGCAGCGCUUCAACAUCGGAUACGUCCUGAACGUGACCACCCACCUGCCGCUCUACCACUACGACACGGGCUUCUUCGUCUACAAGCGUCUGCCCGCCACGGACAGCAACAAGCAGAACCUGCGGCAGUACUUUGAGGAGGCGUUUGAGUUCAUCGAGGAGGCACACCAAGCAGGUAUGGGCCUCCUGAUCCACUGCCAGGCGGGCGUGUCUCGUUCAGCCACCAUCGUGAUAGCCUAUCUGAUGAAGCACACCUGGAUGACCAUGACCGACGCCUACAAGUUUGUCAAAACCAGGAGGCCCAUCAUCUCCCCGAACCUCAACUUCAUGGGCCAGCUGUUGGAGUUCGAGGAGGACCUCAACAACGGGAUUACGCCGCGAAUCCUCACACCAAAGCUGAUUGGCGUGGAAACCGUUGUCUGAAACGAAACCCCCCUCCGGACUCGAGGCUCUCGCGCGCUUGUACUCACUCUCACUGUCCAUCUCGGAAGAGACCGGCUGCUCUGUGAGCCGGAUCGGACUGUGAGAGCCACUCUGUUCUUCUUGAAUCUCCUCGUGCUCAUCUUGGACUCUCUGGAGUGCCAAAGCUCUGGGUCAGUGGUGAUGAGAAAUGCCAAAAAAAAAAAAAAUCCCUACUGUUUGGACUUGGCCCAA